UUUGAGUAUACAUUAAUAAAGUAGUAUUUAAAAAAAAAGUGCGGAUUAAAGUUGCAGAAUAUACUGCACUGUGUGUCUAAGUACAUAAUAUGAGGGUGAAGAAUUUACAGGGGGUUUGUUGGCACAGUCGCACAUUAAGGUGAAGACUUUCUGAAUACCUGAACACCUGUUGCUAAGGCAGAUUUUGCACCCCUCCCUCUGCUCCCCAUCAACGAAUUAUCCAAUCAGAGCUCGUCCUGUGUAGCGAGGUGAAGAGUUCACUUCUGCCGCGAAUUUGCAGCUGCGUCACAAGAAUGAGAGCAUCGAGCAGCAAGAAGCAAGGAGCUAUGGAGCGCUUUAAUAGAAGACGGAAGCUAUUACAACAACACCACGACAAAUGUGAAACCAGACAUGCAGAAGCCCUGGUAAGAACUUUUUUAACUUUGUCCAUGAAGUUGUCGUUAAACCGUAUGGAUUGUUGCCGGUAAAACAGCGUCAGUGCGCGAUCGAUGUGAUAAUUAUGCUAAUAGUGUUGCAAUCAUUAAGAAAGUCGGUGACAGUUUAAGUUUUUGAUAGUUUUGUGAACUUUAUGCUCUUCCAUUAGUGUAUAUUGGGUCGCUUUGCGUGUGCAGCUUCACUGCUUGGAAUUGCUGAUUCUUUCGAUUAAACAUAAUCUUAUUCUCAGUCAAAUGUAGGAAAAUAUCGAUGUUUUCUAAUGUUGCAAUUGACAAAACCUAUAAAUGUUGCUGUACCCGUCUCAAGUACAGACAGACAGAUUUUAUGUGAUAGACUGUAAUUGUAUUUCAUAUUUGCAAAAGUAUUAAAAUAGGGCUAGUAGAUAUUGUAACCAUACCUCAGGGGUUUACUAUAUUUACAAUUCAUCGAAUCAAACCAGGGUUGUUUUCCUGAAUUAUGUAAUUUAUAAAUGCUUGUUACAUAUUUUUUCUUCAUUAUGGGAAAUGUUAUUGUUUUGUUUUAUUUUACUUACAUAAUUAAAAUUAUAUGACUUAGUGAGUGAGUAACUUUAUUUAUUUCUCUUUUAAUAUAUCUUCCAAGGUGGAGUUAAGCAGACAAAAUUCAUCCACCGAGUCUGAGUUGUCCAGCCACAGUGGGACAGAUGAAGAAUAUCGGCCGCCGCUGAAUCACCAAGAAUCAUCAAGUGAAGGCGAGGUGCCAGAGGAGUCUGCUUCAAAGAAAUCCUCUUCAACAUCUUCAUGUCAGUAUCCGAUCCUUAAAGGUAAGGGUCAGAGAAAUGGUGCCAGCCCAGUUCAUGCAGCGGAACUUGUGAAUAAAGCCCUAAACAAAAAACGGCAAAUUACAAUUAAAAGAAGCAGAAAAAAGGAAAAUGGUCUAAGGAUCUGGGACAAAGCGCAUUACUGUGUAUACUGUAACAAGUCAAAUUUGAAGAUUGCGCGACAUUUACAAAGAAAACAUAUGGAUGAAAUUGAUGUUGCCCAAGCCUUCAGUUUCCCACCUGGCUCCAAACAACGGAGAGUACUUCUAGAAUCCCUUCGCAAUAAGGGUGACUGGCAACAUAAUUGUCAGGUUUUACAAGAUGGAGAUGGGGAAAUUGUAACAUGGAAACAGCCUUCAGCAAACGUUUCAGUGGAAGAUUAUUUACCAUGUCAGCAUUGUUAUGCUAUGUUCAAAAGAACUGAACUAUGGAGACAUGAAAGGUCUUGUAGAAGCAAGAAACCUGAAGAUGGCGGCGUAAACGUAAAAAGAAAUAGAGUACAAAAAGCUUCCUCACAUCUGAUUCCAAAGAUACAAUCAUGUGAAGGCGUUGAAAACAUUAUUUGCAACAUGUUGCAAGACUCCAUCACCUUUCAUAUCCGAGGUGAUAUAAUGAUAUGUACAUACGGACAAUCAUUAUUUGCAAAAAAAGGACGUGAACAAUGUCAACAUAGGUACAUUGCACAAAAAAUGAGAGAGUUGGGACGCUUGGUGUUAGCUGCAAAGGAAAUUGACAGCGGUAUUGUUGGCCUUAAAGACCUUUGUGAACCCACUAAAUUUCCUCUUGUUAUAAAAGCAACUCAGAGGGUGGCAAAUUACACCGCAAACAACUCAGAGUAUGGAAAGCCUUCAACUGCUGUCAAAAUUGGGUUUUCCCUCAAAGGAGCAACAGAAGCCUGGAUUGGACACUGCUUGAUCACAUCAGACCUUCUCAUUGAGAAAAAGACAAAAAAAUUUAAAGAGUUACUGGACUGCUCAUGGUCUAGUUAUGUCUCAACAAACGCACAUAGCACAAUGGAGCAACGGAGGUGGAACAUGGAAGAGUGUGUCCCCCUAACAGAAGACAUCAUAACCCUUCAAAACUACCUGAGAAAAUGCGAGACUCAGGCAAAAGAAGAACUGUGUAAGCAUGUGACUACCGCAGCUUAUAAAAGGUUGAGUGAGAGUCUUUUGGCACAAAUAAUUGUGUUUAAUAAGAAAAGAGAGGGUGAAGCAUCUCGGUUGAGUUUGAAGAUAUAUCAAAAUACCAACACUGGUCCUGUUAAUAAGGAAAUUUAUGAGACCCUGUCACCAGUGGAAAAACAGAUGAGCCAUAGACUGACUCGCAUAGUGACACGCGGGAAGAGAGGGAGAAAAGUGCCAAUUCUUCUUCUCGAGCGCACAAAAUCCUCCAUUGAUUUUCUCAUCCAGAAACGAAAAGAAGUGGGCAUACUGGAGGAAAAUCCUUUUUUAUUUGCUAGGAUUGGAUCCUUAACCAACCUUCGUGGAUGUGAUUGUCUACGAAAAUUUGCAGCAGAAAGCAAAGUGAACAACCCUGAGCUCCUCAGAUCAACAAAACUAAGAAAACACAUAGCAACUUUAUGUCAACUCUUGGACCUUGACAACCAAGAACUGGAGCAAGUAGCCCGCUUCAUGGGACACGACAUCAGAGUCCAUUGCCAAUAUUAUCGCCAAACUGACAAAACCUUUCAAGUGGCCAAAAUUGGUAAAUUGCUCUUUGCAAUGGAGAAGGGAGCUGGACAGCUCAAAGGGAAAAGUCUGAAAACACUGGAUUCUGUGGUUCUUGAAACACGUGACGACUGCUCAGUUUCACCUGCUAAAAGUCACAAGACCAAAGCUAGAGUUUGUCAUGAAGGCAAUGAAGAUGAAGAUAAUGAUGGGGAUGAGGAGCAGCUGAAAGAACCCAAAGGCAGGAAAGCUGCCAAAGAAAGCUGUGAAGACUGCUCAGUUUCAUCUACUAAACGUCAGUGGACCAAACCUAGAGUGUGUCAGGAUGCUGAUGAGGAAGAGGAGCAACUGAAAAAACCCAAAGGCAGGAAAGCGGCCAAAGAAAGACGUGACGACUGCUCAGUUUCACCUACUAAACGUCAGUGGAACAAACCCAGACUGUGUCGUGAUGAUGAGGAAGAGGAGCAGCUGAAAGAACCCAAAAGCAAGAAAGCUGCCAAAGAAAGCCGUGACGACUGCUCAGUUUCACCUACUAAACGUCGUUGGACCAAACCCAGACUGUGUCGUGAUGAUGAGGAAGAGGAGCAGCUGAAAGAACCCAAAGGCAAGAAAGCUGCCAAAGAAAGCUGUGACGACUGGUCAGUUUCACCUACUAAAAGUCACAAGACCAAAGCUAGAGUUUGUCAUGAAGACAAUGAGGAUGAAGAUAAUGAUGGUGAAGAGGAGCAGCUGAAAGAACCCAAAGGCAAGAAAGCUGCCAAAGAAAGCCGUGACGACUGCUCAGUUUCACCUACUAAACGUCGUUGGACCAAACCCAGACUGUGUCGUGAUGAUGAGGAAGAGGAGCAGCUGAAAGAACCCAAAGGCAAGAAAGCUGCCAAAGAAAGCUGUGACGACUGGUCAGUUUCACCUACUAAAAGUCACAAGACCAAAGCUAGAGUUUGUCAUGAAGACAAUGAGGAUGAAGAUAAUGAUGGUGAAGAGGAGCAGCUGAAAGAACCCAAAGGCAAGAAAGCUGCCAAAGAAAGCCGUGACGACUGCUCAGUUUCACCUACUAAACGUCGUUGGACCAAACCCAGACUAUGUCGUGAUGAUGAGGAAGAGGAGCAGCUGAAAGAACCCAAAGGCAAGAAAGCUGCCAAAGAAAGCCGUGACGACUGCUCAGUUUCACCUACUAAAAGUCACACGACCAAAGCUAGAGUUUGUCAUGAAGGCAAUGAAGAUGAAGAUAAUGAUGAGGAUGAGAAGCAGCUGAUAGAACCUAAAGGCAGGAAAGAUGCUUCAAAAGUGAAUACGAGGCGGCCCUGGACAAAUAUCGAGAAGAAUGCAGUUCUCCAAAGAAUGCAUAAGUAUAUUGCUGUCAGAAGGGUCCCGGGAAAGAUUGAAUGCUUAGGCUGCAUUUUGAAAGCCUCACCGGUCCUUAAAAAUAGGACAUGGAAAGAUGUAAAAUAUGUAGUUCACAAUGAAAUAAUUAAGAUUAAAAGGCAGCUUUCGUUGUAGUUCAAAGCUUUAAGGUGCAUUGGUUCUUACUUCAGCCAAGUUGCUGUACAGUAUAGUAUAUGCAAGUAUACUGGUACUUAUUUCAAAGGUUCAGUGUAAUAAUUGAAUAACAUUGUUUUAAUGUUAAGAAUUAAAACUAAUCUCAUCUUUCUGAGAGCAAAAGUUCGGAUCUUUAUUUGUAAAAUUAAAAGGUUGCUUGUU